UUUCCAAUAAGAUUUUAGAGAGUGAGGGAUAUAUAGAGUGGCUGCCACGGUAACAAAACUGUUAGAAAUGAGCAUUGGGCAAAUAUUUUGUUUCUAAUCUAUUCUAGGGAGUUAUUAAGACAAGGAUAACCACAUGUGAAAAAUGGAAACCAACGACACUGGAGAGUAUUCAAUUGCGGAUGCUGCAACAAUUGACCAGAUCAGUACUACCGCUGACAGAGCUUCUGAAAUCUUCACAAAUCCUAUUGAAGUGACUUCUUUUAUAAUAUGUGUGCUUGGUCUAAUUGCAAACUGUCUAUCGAUAAUAGCGACCAUUCACAUACCACAUGGUCAGUCGACACAUUCUAAACUAAUCAUCAGUCUCGGUGUAUCGGACAGCCUUAUUCUCAUCGCCAUACUCUUACACAAUUUAAUGUACAUAUUUACAUCAUGGGAUGCUUGUACAAAACUGACCAAACGUCUAAUUUUAGACACAGCCCUUCUUGCAACACUUAUAAACUUGUUUGUGAUGGCCAUAGAUCAUAACUUAGCCAUUAUGAAGCCUCUUCAUUACAGACGUUUUAUGUCCAAAUUUCGUGGGAAUUGUCUCAUCAUUUUUAUAUGGGUAUUCAGCUUGAUUAUGGGUCUAACAGAAGUGAUAGUUGGACUGGUGACUAAAGGACAAAUGAAACAACCAUUUUGCAUCGUAGUAUCAAACGACGAGUUCGACAUUGAACUGAUUAUUAUUGGCGUAAUUUUCUUCGUGCUUCUUGCUAUUGUAGUGAUUUACGUCAGAAUUUACACCUUAGUCAAACAAUUAAUGAAUAGAGACCGAAUGAUGCAUCAAGAUGAAAUGCAUAGCUAUAAAGCAAUUGUGACUACAUUGCUUAUUAUCGGAACAUUUACGUUAUUUUGGGCUCCCGACGGGAUCUUUCAAGUGUACAUGUAUAUAAAAUUGAAAACAGACAGGUUUUAUGUCUAUAUGAAUGUUAAAAGAUUCACUACUAUAAAUGACAUCUUGUUUCUGCUCCUACAGUUUAAUUCAUUGGCGGAUCCUUUGAUUUAUGCAAUUCGUCUUCGUGAAGUUCAACGUGGCUACAAAGUUGUGUUUUACAAGUUAUUCCCGAGGUACAGAUCAUCUUUAAACGAGGAGGAGUUUCGCCACAAUCAUCUGUCAUUCACAUCAUUCAGAAGAAAUACAAAUCCAACAAUAGUUAAUGAUACAGUGAGCAGCCCUGAUAGUCUGCAAGACAAAGUGUUUGAAAAAGCAUUUGACAACCAUAAUAAUGAAAAGUUGUUUAGAAAUGAAUUAGAAAUAACUGAUGAAUCAUCCUUCAUUACUAAAGAACUUUUGGAUAAAGAGAUUAUUGGAAACAACAUCAGAAAUUACAUUCAAAUUAAAAUAGAUAAGACUGAUAAUGACACUGCACAACAAAAUAUGGUAAGUCAGGAGGUAGACCAUGAUAAAGAUGACAUUGAUAGGAAUGGUGAAUCAUACAUCGCCUUUGACAGCAAGGAAAACUGUGUUGGUGAAACUGAUAAACACUCUGAAGCAGUAAAUAUUAUGAUGGAUGGGGAAGAAAAUAAAAAUGAAACUAUCACUGACUAUAUUGCUGAUGAACAAUUUGAUUUUAACAACAGAUCUGACACAAUGGUCAGUGAAAAUGAAGAACUGAUAGAAACUAAAGAAACUGACCCUUUACAUCCAAAGUGUGAAGAUAUUGUAUGGCAUUUAUGAGUGAAAUUUAUUCAAGUAUAUUAAUCGAGAAAUUACCUGUUCCCUCUGCAUUUUGGUAGUGCUCAUUUCUAAUGUUCAGAUUACAAUCAUGUUUGUUUGUCUGGUUAAACUGCACACAGACACAGUAUAGGGUAGGGCAGGCUGAAGCAGGAAAGAUGGUUUUGGCUUACCUUGAGUGUUCCAAACUUCAAAGUAACACAAGGGUCUACACCAACAGCUUUCUAUUAAUGUUGUAUGAAAAAUAUGGCUGUGAGUUAUACACAUUGAAAAAUUU